AUGGCCUUGGCGUCGCUGCCGGACGACCUUGUCCUUGAGGUUCUCGAACGUGUCAAAGACGUAGCCACCCUCUUCCGCUGCGCGACGGCAUGCAAGGGUUGGUGCCGCCUUGUCGUCGCCAACCCCACCUUCCUUCGCCGCUGCUUGCCGGAGGACGCAUGUUAUCCCUUUGUUGGCUUCUUUACGCAGCAACGGUGCAGCGACGGCGUCCCCUUCAUUCCAGGGCCGCGUCCUGUUCUGGACCCCAGUCGCCGUUUCCUUGGCUCCCUCGUCCCCAACAUCAACGACAAGUUUAACCAGCCGGUGCCGCUCACCUCACGCCAUGGCCUCCUCCUCGUGCGCCUGAACCGGUAUCAGGGUUGCGGCCUCCUUGGCGUGUGCAACCUGAUCGCCGGCACAUUCGACGUGCUCCCCCCUCUAGAGCAUACAUGGAGUUCCGACAACAACCACCUGGUUGGCUAUGCUAUACUGACGGCUAGAGACUGUGCGAGCUCGAGGGACCACCCCGAGGAGCAGCAGUUGCCCUUUUUCAAGGUGAUGAUCCUGACCAUCGAUGUGAACAUGAUGCAGUACAAUCUCCAAACAAUUUCAUCGGCCAAUGAGUCGGGAUGGAAAAUAUCCUUCGGGGGUCUAAAGAACAAGAGCGAGAGCAUCUAUAUGGUGCUUAGGCAGCACAACGCGGUGGUGUGCCGCGGAAUGGCGCAUUGGCUCUUUUCGAGCACAUCGGGCUUGUACACGCUAGAUGUAGGUGCCCGGACUGAUCACGUGUCCUUUACAAACUUGUUGGACAUGGGACGGAUCGAUAGCUACUUUGGUCGCCCUACUUAUGAUGCACCCUACCUCGCUGUCAACGGGAAGGGGAGGCUCAUGUUGGUCUACUUGAACAAAGGAGGUUACUGGUUGCAGAUAUGCACAUCUCACAACAACGGGAGGUGGCACCAUGCCUUGGCACGCAAGCUAAAACAACCGAACCAGAAGAAAAAUGAGAAGAAGACUCAAGGAAAAGUUCUUUACACUUGCUUGGGAGAGAAGAACGGAAUGUUGAUCGUCAAGGACAACCAUCAUGAUGCCUACGUUAUUGAUAUCAAUACGGGGGUGGUGCAAGAGGUGAUAGAUUCACCACACACUCGUCGCCUCAAUCGGGGAAAGAUUGUGCCCUUUGAAAUGGAUUGGCCGGCCUUCUUUGUUUCUCAGCUUGCUGUGGUACCUACAUGGUAG